GCGCUCCCCCCCUCCCCGCGCCCCCCCUUCCCCCGCGUGCACGCGCAGCGCGCGCGCCCCGCGCGCCCCUUCCCGCGGGGGGGUCGCGCGCCCCCCGCUCUCCCCCCCCCCCCCGCCCCUCCCCCCCUCCCCCGGGUUUCCCGCGCGCCGCCUGAGGGGGAGGCGGCGGCCUCCGCCCCCCCCCGACAACAUCCCGCCGGUCCCGCCGCCUCCCGGCCCCGCCGUCAUGGCCCCCAGAUAGCGGCCCGGCCUCAGCGACCGCCCGCAGGAUACCUCUGAUCUGUCAUAUGUGGGAAGAACGCUAAGAGAACCAUCUAAAAAUGGGUGUUAAAACAUUCACUCAUAACUCCCCUGCUCACAGCCAGGAGAUGCUGGGGAAGCUGAACAUGCUGCGGAACGACGGCCACUUCUGCGACAUCACCAUCCGCGUCCAGGACAAGAUCUUCAGGGCACACAAGGUGGUGCUGGCAGCCUGCAGCGACUUCUUCCGCUCCAAACUGGUUGGGCAGGCAGAGGAGGAGAGCAAGAGCGUGUUGGACCUGCACCACGUGACGGUGACAGGCUUCAUCCCCCUGCUGGAGUACGCCUACACGGCCACGCUGUCCAUCAACACCGAGAACAUCAUCGACGUGCUGGCCGCCGCCAGCUACAUGCAGAUGUUCAGCGUGGCCAGCACGUGCUCCGAGUUCAUGAAGUCCAGCAUUUUGUGGAAUACGCCCAACAGCCAGCAGGAGAAGGUGCUGGAUGCAGGGCAGGAGAACAGUGCAAACUGCAAUUUCGCCUCCCGGGACGGCAGCCUGUCUCCCGUCUCCUCCGAGUGCAGCGUGGUGGAAAGAACCAUCCCCGUGUGCCGGGAGUCUCGGAGGAAGCGCAAGAGCUACAUCGUCAUGUCUCCUGAGAGCCCCCUCAAGUGUAACACGCAGACCAGCUCCCCCCAGGUGCUCAACCCUUCAGCGUCCUACCCAGAGUCCAGAAACCAGCCCGUGGACUCGUCCUUAGCUUUUCCCUGGACUUUUCCUUUUGGGAUCGACCGAAGGCUUCAGGCAGACAAGGUGAAGCAGGCGGAGAACUCUAGGACUUUGGACAUGCCUGGCCCCUCCGAGUCGGGCAGGAGGAUGGCAGACUACGUGACGUGUGAGAGCACCAAGGGCAGCUCCCCGCUGGUGAUGGAGGAGGACGUGCGCGUCAAGGUGGAGCGGCUGAGCGACGAGGAGGCGCACGAGGAGGUGUCGCAGCCCGUCAGCGCCUCCCAGAGCUCGCUCAGUGACCAGCAGACAGUCCCGGGCAGCGAGCAGGUGCAGGAGGAUCUCCUCAUCAGCCCUCAGUCCUCGUCCAUAGGCUCAAUAGAUGAGGGGGUGACAGAGGGAUUGCCCACACUCCAGAGCACCUCUGGCACUAACGCUCAUGCAGACGAUGAUGAUCGUCUGGAGAAUGUUCAGUAUCCCUACCAACUCUACAUUGCUCCUUCCACCAGCAGCACAGAGAGGCCCAGCCCAAACGGUCCCGACAGACCCUUUCAGUGUCCCACGUGCGGGGUGCGCUUCACUCGCAUUCAGAACCUAAAACAACACAUGCUUAUCCACUCAGGCAUUAAACCCUUUCAGUGUGACCGCUGUGGGAAAAAGUUCACCCGCGCUUACUCGCUCAAGAUGCACCGCCUGAAGCACGAAGGUAAACGCUGUUUCCGCUGCCAGAUAUGUAGUGCCACUUUCACUUCCUUCGGGGAAUAUAAACACCACAUGCGGGUUUCCCGGCACAUUAUCCGCAAGCCUCGGAUUUACGAGUGCAAAACAUGCGGCGCCAUGUUCACCAACUCUGGAAAUUUAAUCGUUCACCUGAGGAGCUUGAACCAUGAAGCGUCAGAGCUAGCAAACUACUUCCAGAGCAGUGACUUCCUAGUACCGGACUACUUAAACCAGGAGCAAGAGGAGACCCUCGGGCAGUAUGAGCUAGGGGAGCAUGGCUUUGAAAGCAACUCUUCUGUCCAAAUGCCUGUCAUUUCACAGGUGUCCUCAACUCAGAAUUGUGAAAGCACUUUCCCCUUGGGGUCUCUGGGUGGGUUGGCAGAGAAGGAAGAAGAUGUGCCAGAGCAGCCAAAGACUAACGCCACUGCUGAGGCAGCCGCGGGUGACCCUCCGAAAGCGGAGCUGUCCUCUAUUACUAUCGAAUAAUUCAUGGUUUGGUUUCAUUUUUGUUCUUUGGAAAGUGCCUGUGUUUGGUCCUGUACAUUUUAAUUUAAUUUUUUUAAACGAAAAGUGGGGAGAUUUUCCCCUUUUUACUUUGUAAGCUACGCUUUAAACUGAAAACUGCGACAGAUGUUACAUUAUUUUUCAUGACUGAAUGAUCACUUCUGUGAAAAUAUUUAAGACUGAUUGCACAAAAAAAGAUCUUGUCAGAACAUCAUGGAAGCUGUGAUAUACUUCUAAAGAAGAACAACUGAUCCAGAUCACUUUAACUAAUCCUUCUUCCACAGUUAGAGCAGCUCAUUAAGUUUCUCUUGCUUCUGCAGGCCCUCUGGUAAAGGGAAAGAAAUCAGAGGAAACCUUUUUCAAAUGAUAAACAAAAGGAUGCAUUGGAAAUCAUGAGUGAACAGUUUUUGACUAGUUUUGAGUGGAUGCUUUAAUCUUCUGCAUAAAGAAGUGACACUUCCUAUAUGUGCCUGCUGUUUUUCAAAGCCCUUACUGUGCCCUGUGCUUGGGAAUGGUGGGAGGUUUUGAAAGGAGCAGUCACACACUUCUUCAAAACACACGAUCCCUGUCCAGCCCAGAUGAAUGCCAGGUAUUCCUGCUUCUUCUAUUCCAGUCCUUUUAGAACCUGCUUGAUCAAAUAGCCUAAACACAUCUGCCCAGCUGAGGUUAGGCAUGGAAAGUCUAAAGGUGCCCCAGGAACUGGGAAUGAUGGAAAAGUGUUCAGCCAUGCAAGCCUGACAAAUAUCUCCUGACUGUAUCUGUCUGUAGAUGGGGAGCCACAAAGGAAAAUGAAGGUUUUCCCAAACGAAAAUUCUUGAACCAUGGCCAGAUUAUUUGCAGUUCUGAUCAUUGCCCCCUCACAUACACACUGUAUUUUUACUUAUCAGAGAGCCAGCUAGAGGGAGUUUACAGAUUGGAAAAAAUAAGCUCUUUUGUGCAUUAUUGCACUUUUUUUUUUUUUUUUUUUUUUUUUUAUACAUAGGUAUGUAUAGUUUCAGAGAUUUUUAUUAGCCUGUUUUGGACAAAACAAGCAAUUUAUUCUCUCUAAGGAAACUUUCUAACCAACAGGGGGUUGUUUACAAAAAGCCUAUAGAGCAAUGAUGAAUUGUUCCUGUUUCAAAACACUUUAAAUCCUUGCCAACUUGCUUUAUUAAAGGCCAUUACUCCAGCUACACACACAGCUCAAGCAAGCAAUAAACUGAAAUAUUUGCAAUUUCAUUUUUCCAUAUUUAGAAAAAAGCUACAAAUGGAGGGUGUGGGAUUUUCAGAGCAGUGAGUCUUGUUUGGUCGAGGCUGUUUGGGCUCAAGGACUGCUUUGAAACCUAAAUUAGGAAGUCCAUUAGGAGAUUUGUGAUUUUUCUUACAGCUUCUGAAGUUAACUCAGUGUUUGAUGCCAAAUGCCUGCAGAUGAUGUGCUGAGUGAGUAGGUAUUGCUUGAUCUCAGUAUUCCAAAGGCAUGAUAUACUCCCUUAGUUUUGAGUCUUGUUUUUUGUAAAUUGUUGUUUUCUGGCCGGAUUUGUGUUAUGCAAACAUGAGGAGGAAAUGAAACCAAGAGAGAAAGGUUGCUCCUGAAGAAAUAAAAGGCACAAAAGUUGUAUUAUAUUGCACAUCAAUUUGUAUUCAGUCAGCCUAGGCAGCUUUGAUACUCUCUGGGACUGAGUUCUUUCUAUUAAUAGCCAGUUUUUUGUAAGGAAAAAAAACUUUAUUGACCUUUGGAAAGAGUUUAAAGGGUUUCAGUGACUUCAACAAUUUUUCUCUUUUUAGGUAAAACCCAUAUAUUUUAGUUAAAUAGAGCAAAAACAGUUGGAAUUUAAGUACUUUCCAAAUUGCUGGAAUGAGGUUUCUCCAGCAGAUCCAAAGGGUGGUUUAGAAACAUGCUGCAAAGUUCUGUGCUGCAAUUUAGUUUUGAUUAUAUCUGCCUUUGUGAGGCUUCUUAAAAGGGCUUGAAGGGGAAAUUCUUCUGAAGCUUUUUCUGGGCUGCUGUACUGUGAAACAGCCCAGUGCCUGUUGAUGAGCUGAAUUGAGAGACCAUUUCUCUUCCACUUCUGAUUUCUCUGAGAAGCCAGUGAGACAAGACAAUGCCUUUUGCUGAGCUUUAUUCUGAACUAGAGGGCUACAACACUGAACUCAAACACAGCAUUUUCUCUUUUCCUGACGUGUUAUGCAGGUAAAUGAGAGUCCUUUGUGAUUCAUGUUCUGAAAAGUGCUUCACCCAAACCACAUCUCCUGACUGCAGAGAUGUGAUAAUCAAAGGUGGUCAGGUAUUAGGUGGAGGACAUAAUCUGCUCAUUAGAAUCUGCUCAUUUUCAUCCCUGAAGUAUUUUGCUAAAGAGUUCAUUGGUGAGAAGGUACAAAUCCACCACAGACAUAUCUGGGUAUUGGAUUUUCACGACUUAAAAUUUUGAGUCAGAAGGCAAAUUGCUUUCAGAAUACCAAAGAGAAGGGGAAAGUUACAAAGACUUUAUAGCUCUGAUCUGUUCUUCCUUGAAAAGAAAUAAAGAUCAUUAACACCGAGGUACAAGGCAAGGCCUGGGGUUCAUUAUUCAUUGCAUUGUGUUCCACAUUAUCUUUUCAACCUCCUUAUCUCUGGGUAACAUCUUAAUUUAGUUCUCACUUUUCAGUCUGGUUCAACUGGAGGAACAACAGAUUUCUUGGAGGAUUUUGUUUGGUUGGUUUAGAGUUGGGUUUACUUGUUAAUCUCCCUAUCUGUAAUUCUUGUUAAUAUCUCUUUUCUCCAUAGAAAUUAAUACAGUUUAAAUGCAAACACCAUUUUAUUUCUCCUCUCUAACUUGUUGGAAGUGUUCAGUUCUUUGAAAUGCUGAUGUUCUUCACAAGAGAUGUAAAAACAUCUUAAAACAAUUUAUGUUGCUAAUGUGCUUGGAUUCCAAACAGAGCAAGAGAAAUAACUAAAUAACUAAAAUAGAAAAAACUUGCCUUAAGCUACACUUGGGAUUAAACCUAAAACAUAAAUUUCUUUCAGUACAUUAUCAGAGAGUUUUAAAUUCUGAGAUGCAUUUUCUUAUUUCUUCUUUGUUUUGGUUUUUUUUUUUUCCUCUCCCCCAAAUAAUCCAUUAUUUAGUAUGCAUUUCUAUGUCUGCUUGCCAGGGGUCAGGGUUGAUGUGGUUCAGCCCUCCUGCUGCAAGCAGAGGCAGCCACCAGUGGUGUUCCCCAGAGCUGGAGUUCAGUUGUCAGGCUCACAGAGACCACAAGUCUCUCAUACUGAGAGAGCAGUAGACUCGCUUCUUGGAAAUGGUUCUGGCUUCGGAUUCUGAGUCUCAAAGGUGUGAAUUUAAACUUUUUUAAAAAGUAAUAGCUGCCAAUGCAGUCAAAUAUAUUUUGUAAGACUAUGAUCCCUAUAUGUCCCCUGUGGGAUGGAGUUUUAUGGUUUUUAAGCUAUGGUUUGAGGGUUUUAUACGAGGUCCCACCCUGCAGCCCAGGCUGGGGGAGCGCUGAGAGCAGUGCUGGUCUCUCAGAGACAAAGCAGGAAGCAUCUUAUAUGCAAAUCCACUGGGAGCUUUGUGCACCCUGCAGGGAUGAGAGGAUUCAGGUGGAGGAGCACCUGCUGCUCCUCCAUCCAUUGCAACUUGCACACCAUCACAAUAUGGAGAAGAGCUGAUUUUCAUUCAGGCCGGUUACGUUUGAGUUUUGCUCACAAGGUGAAAUCCUGUUUUGGAGGCAUAACAAAUCCCAUAGCAUCGUGGUGGCAGGUAGGAGGGUUCAAGGCCAGACAGCACCUCAGCCACAUCACAGGUACUGCUGAAUAGAGUAGGUUCCAAGUAUGGGAGGAAAUGUACCAUAAAAGAAAGAAAAGUGAAUUUUUUAGUGCAGCAGAACGUGCUGCUCCGGGUUUCCGUUCACUCCGUGUGUGCUAGCGCAGUAACUCCCUGUCCCACAGGUCUCAGCUACAAAUCUGCUUGCACUAAAAAAACUAAAAGUGGAGUCUGGUGCUGCCAGCUUGUGUGGCAACUGUACCUACAGUCUUCCCGAGGGUUGCUGAAGUCCCCAGAAGAGUGAUUUUGUUUCUCCAUUCAUUUAGCUGAUGCAUGCUUUUGAUAUUCUGGCUCCACCGAGUCCUUGGACAGCUUCCUUGCUCUGUUCCUGCAGUGCCUUCACUCGAGGUGCUGCCCGUGGUGAAACCCCAAAGAGGGAAAAGCGGAAGCUGGAGGGAAAAAAAAUGUGAAUUAAAUUAUUGUUGGGCUUCUUUGUGCAUUUUAGUACCAGUGAAACCCCCUUAACUGUGCCAGUCUCCAGUCACCAGCCGUAUAUCCAGUCAUCAUCUCAUCCACAGUACAGCUUCUCUUGUUGAUGCUGGCCACAGCUAGAUUACUUGGCAUGUUUAUUGACCUAACAGAAUUGGGUUUGGGUUUUGCUUUUGUUUUUUAAUGUAUACGAUGUUUAAAUACACUUCACAUUUUAUAUAAUACUAUCUGGCUAUUAGUAUUUUUCAGGAACCAUAGUUCUUGGUGGCUAUAUAUAUUUUUGUGACUUUUUUUGUAAACUAAGUGCCGUUUCAACGUUACAAUCAUUUUUAGAGUUAUUGUAAUCAAUGUGAAUAUCAUGUUUUUUCAAAUCUGUUCUGAGCCUGUAGUGUUUGCUUUGUGAUCAUAUGUGUAAUGUAUAUAUUCUGUAUAGUUACAUUGUAUUGAAAUACUAGCUUGUUUGAUAUAAGAAAAGUAUGUAUUGGGUACCUUUUUGCUAGCCUGGUUGUUUAAUCUUUAAAAAAAAGUUCCAAAAUACAAAAAAAAAAAAAAUCUCCAAACUGGUCCCAUUAUAGGUCAAAAUUAAGGGGGGAGAAAAACUAGUUUUGAGUGUCUUUGGAUAGAAACAUGAAGCUAAGAUUUUUCAUUAAAAUAUUAAUGUUUUAUGGAGUA